AUGCAUUACGAAGUGCUGAACAGAUUCAAUAAAAUAAUGCCAUUGCUUCAUCCUGUCAACGACAUGAAAAUAAAUGAUUCGGCGGUGCAAGAAAAUGUUAUCAAGUUGGAGGCAUUGGAAAAACGAAUAUUGUAUCAUCCAUCGAGGGAUAACAGAAAUUUCGAGGAACUUUAUGAAAACUAUAAAAAGAAGCUGGAAUUGGAAGCGAAUCUGGAAGUGGCGAAAGCUGAAUUAAAGAAGGCACAAAGCUUGCUGCAGCUGGAAGAACUGAACUGCAGAAAGCACGUAUUGCGAAGAUUACAGUACUGUGAUGGAAAUGACGUGAUUCAGCCAAAGGUAAGGAUUUAA